AUGGGUUACAUGGGUGUAAAGCAAGGGUAUCUGCAGGGCCUAUCACUUAUCACAGCGGCAAAGCAAUCAGAUCCGUCGAAUAGCCUCCGCCAAUCCUCCGGCCUGGCCUUCCUUGACGGAUCAUAUAUCAUAGGGUGGGCGGCUAUUGCCAACUAG